AGUUGGACUCGUUGGACUUCCGCAUUCAUUCCUCCCCAAGCCCUUCACACAACGCAUCCCGCAUCUGCAGCCGAACCAUACUUAUUAUACUACCGUUCGUGCGAACUGCACGUCUCACACAUAACCUCCUGAACACCCCGUGGACUAAUCGGUUAUCAAUUUCCCCAAGAUGCCUUCCGACAGAGACACGUUGAUUGAUAUGGGCUUCAGCACCGCUAAAGUGACAAAGGCGCUGCAGGUCACCAAGAAUGCUGGAUUACAGCCUGCUAUGGACUGGCUGUUCGCGCACACGGAAGAUCCCGACCCCACGCCUGAGGAGCUUGCCGCACCGUCCACUAGCGGAGGCGCAGGAGCGGGUGGGGACGCUGGAAACGACGACGAAGGCAUCAUCACAGCAGAGCAAGCCACAGCCCAGUCCCUGAAAUGCGACGACUGCGGUCGUCUCCUCCGCGACGCAACCGCGGCUGAGAUGCACGCGAUCAAGAGCGGGCACCAAAACUUUUCCGAGUCCACAGACGCCAUCAAGCCAUUGACCGAGGAGGAGAAAAAGGCAAAGUUGGCUGACAUCCAGGCGCGACUGGCUGAGAAGCGCGAACAGAAGCGGUUGGCGGAGAUUGAGGAGAACAAAGGGAAGGAGAAGAUUAGGCGAGCUACUGGGAAGGAGAUGACGGAGAUGAAGGAACGGUUAAAGGAGAAGGAGAUGCAGAAAGCGUUGGAAGCGAAGAAGAAGGAGAAGGAGGAUGAUCUUCGCGCUAAGGCGAGGAUUCGUGCCAAAAUUGAGGAAGACAAAAAGGAACGCGCUAGACAGGCGGAGGAAAGAAAGCUAGCCGCGCAAGGUAUUGCGCCCGCACCGCUAGCUCCUGCCAAACCCGCCGCCAUCGUUCAAACAGCUUCCGCAAGUCACACAGAGGCUCGUCUGCAGAUUCGCCUCCCAGAAGGUGCGCCCCUAACAAAAACCUUCAGCGCCGACGACACGCUUUCCGCCGUCUACGAUUUCGCCUCUCAGUCCCACCCCACAGGCAGUUUCAAGCUUGUCCAGACGUUCCCGCGCAAAGUGCUCGAUGGAUCCGACCGCCAGAAAACACUCAAGGAACUUAACCUUGUACCGAGCGCUGUGCUGGUGUUGCAAGGGUGACGGGAAGUCGCGUUGAGGCAAUGGAAGCCGGUGGCCGGUGGGAGCGUGGCAUGGAAGGCCACUACAGAACCCCCGGAGCGCCCGAUGUUGUAAGAUAAAUAGAGAGGAGCUAGGGAGGAUAGAAGAGAGCCAGAUCGGUGGCGACGGCAGUCUCU